UUAAAAAUUAUGAUUAUGAUUAUAACCAUUUGUUACCUCGUCCCCUGCCUACCUUUCAUCAACAAGUUUACCCUCUAUGGUGUUGCAGGUGUGGGCAGCUGUCUUAUCUUCACACUCGGCAUCCCUUACCUGGACGAUGCUGUUAGCAAGCAAGAGUCACCUCUCUACCUUGCUGUGAUCACUUCCAUGGGUGUGUUUGGUCCCCUGCUGGGUCUGUCUCUCUCAGACCUUACACUCGCCCUCUACGUCUACCCUGCCCAACAACAUGGUAUAAGUGUAGAGGACCCACGAUGGAUCGGUGCCUGGUGGCUGGGACAACUGGUGCUGGCACUGUUGAUGUUGACACUAGCAUCUCUCCUCUUGUUCUACCCCAGAAGUCUGAGUAAGGAGGAGGUGUGCGAGAGAGCACCUCAGUGUGUUGCGCCCACCCAUCAUAGUUUAGAUGAGCACCACAUGCUGGAAGAAAUGGUGAGGACAUCAGUAGUACCCUGCGACACCCCAGCACGCAAGGUCUACCACACACCACCUGCACCACCAUUACCACUACCUCCUCCAGCACCACCAGAUGAUGCAGUAGUCACAGACGAUGAUUGUAGCGUGGAAGAGAGAGAAACAGUAAGAGACUACGUUAUGGAUGAGCGAGACAGCGGGUACUCCAUGGAGCUGGAGACCGUGGAUGUGGUGGAAGAAAAAGGUAGUCAGUAUGCCAUGGACGCGGACCACAGUCACUCCCACCACAACACACUUGAGGAAGAUUUGCAGAAAAAUGACAGUACCACUCACCAGGAGAUACAAAAUGGCAUUAAAGGUAUUUGCUACCACUAUUCGACCCGUAUGGGUUUGGCGCAUCCCCAUGAAUAUAAAACUACUGAGGAGCUAGUUGUAAAACCAUCGUGUUGUAAUGCGUGGCUGAGUGGUGCCAGUAUCUGCGGUACCUCGUCCGCCAUCGUGGGCGUGGGUGUGGGCGGGGUGUGGGUGAGGCGGUGUCACCCACGAGCCAGGACGUUGGCGCUAGUGAUGGCCGCCUGUACUGCUCUCCACGCAGCCUCCAUAUUCUCUCUCAUGUUUAUAUCCUGCGGGUUUGAUGCCGAUCUUCCCGGCAUUAUGUCUCCAGACUUCCGGAGCGUGGAACUUCAUCGUGGGUGUAGUGAAGGAUGCAAGUGUGUAACAGCAGAGAUGUCACCAGUGUGUGUGCGUGAUGGACCCAUCACACUGUCUUACUACUCACCAUGUCACGCUGGGUGUCCCCAUCCCACCAACCAAGACAACCUCACCAACUGCACGUGUGGAAGUGCAGCUGCCCAGAUAACUCGGGGAUAUUGCCGGGACAAGUGUUCAAUUUUUGUGCUGUACAAUGUGGUUAACUGCAUCACCAAGUCUCUUCUCUCAGUAACCAUCAUCGGCAGCCUCCUCAUUACACUAAGAUGUGUUGGGAAGCAGGAUAAGCCAGCAGCACUAGGUCUCAAGAGCACUGUUAUGUCACUGGCUGCUCUGGUCACCCCACUGGUGUCAGGCUCUAUUAUUGACUCUGCUUGUCUUGUAUGGAAGGAAGCCUGUGACGUCCAAACCUCCUGCUCCCUCUAUAACACCAUUGACUUUGGGCACAAGUUCCAUGGGCUGACCAGUGUGGUGUUUGCACUGAGUACCAUCUUCACACUGCUGGUCUCCAAGCAUGUUAGAGAUCUGGAACUUCUGGAAGAUGCUCCAUACAACUUACCCACAUUCUCCUUCUUUGAUGCUGGGGUAAGCAGCAGUCCCAGUAUACGCAGAAGCUUCCGCAAGAUGUCUAGGCUGGCAUCAGGAAGAAGGUCGUCGGGGAAGUGGAAGGUGCCAACAAUGACGUCCAGUCAGACAUGGGGGGGAGAACUUCAAGUCAUACGACAACAAGAUGUGAGAAAUGAUGAUGAUGGCAGUGAUGUAGACACACAACCCACAGUAUCUGUGCUCAAACCUAAUAUCUUGCCAUCACUCAUUAUGAAGACCACAAAUGUAUAGUUAUUGUGUGAAGCUUUAAAGCCGUGUGGAGGAAGGUCAAUCCUCUGUCCUCUAAUUGUGAGACAAAUGUUACUCUGGCAGCUGGACUUUACCUGCAAAUAUAUAGUUAAUCUUUGUAGAAAAGUUUGCAGUUAUGUUUUAGUGCAGUAACAAUUAUUGGGUUAAGACUGCUAGUCUAGUACACUAUUAAACUCAUAUUUGCCAUAAGAUUUUUUGCAAGCAUUCCUAGCACUGGGAAGAAUCUUGCCUUUUACAAAAGUUCCCUAUAUUACGAUGUCUGUUGGGUAAUGGUAGAUUUUUUUUUUUAAUAUAACUGAAAAGUUUAUGUAAAAGAUCUUGAAAAUACUAGAUGAUAGUGUUGGGUACAAUAAAGUGCAAAUGUAGAAAUUUAAUGGAGAAUGGUGUUAUUCAAUAGAAAAUAGUAAUUUUUCUGAGAGGCAAAUUAUGUGAUUGUAUUUAAAUUAUUAGCUGACGAGGUAGUGGAAAGGUGAAGCAGUGAUUGCAGUAAAUUUAUUAAUUAUUAGCAAGACUCCUCCUUAUAUGUUAAGUAAAUUGACACGUGCAGUGACAGUUACUGCAGCUAUGUUUCACUUUCCAACUUGAACAAAGCUCCUGGUGAGCAAAUGUAACCAGUGUCUCUGUUUCAUGCAUGUCCUAACAUGCCUUUAUAAUACAGUGGAACCUUGGCUUACAAAUGCCCCACCAUUCGAAUUUUUCAGGAUAUGAACCAUCGUUCAGUCAAUGUUUUGUUUCUGGAUACAAACGAAAUUUCAGGAUGCGAACUUCCCCUCAAGGAAGGUUCCUUAAAUGAAUAAAUAAAUAAUUUUAUUUCUUUGCAAAGAUUACAAUAUGUGUUUACGUAUCAUAAUAUGAUUCAAGCAAAGAAAGCCACUAUCAUGCUGAGGCAUUUCGGGGAGACUUAACCUAAUACUAAUAGACUACUUAUGUCUAGACAGGUGAAAAGUGUACUAGUAGUGGUUACCAAUGUUUUGCUGAUGGUGGCGCCAACUACUGGCAGCCUUUUGAAGUUUCUCCUUACUGUAAUUAUUAUUGUUAUAAUAUUAUUAUUAAUAGUAUGUACGUGGUGAUGGGCUCUCGAUCUAGGGAAUUGAAUCUGCUCCAGUUCCCUAAAUUAAUAAUAAUUAUAAUAAUACGUACGCACUAAGAACAGGAAUAAUUAUAACAGUAAUAAUACAAUAUAAUAUGUUGUCAUUUUUAGACAUUUUUUGUAAUUUUUUUUUUCAUAUUUUUGUGCCAAAUGCUUCAAAAUACAAAUUGGUAACUGUCUGGGUGACUGUAGGUACUGCUAGACCACAGCUAUCUCAGUGCCAACCAAGGGUCAAAAGGAUGAGGAGGUGUGCUGCUCUGAGUGACCAUAGCAGACCCUUGGGAUGCGUAGUUUUGUCUUAUAUUGUACAAAUUUCUUACACAAUGCCUCACCCAAAGAGACAGUAUUCGCAUACAAUCAGCAAGAAGCUCAGGAAGCAAUUAGAAACUAUGAAAACAGCUAGAGAAACGAAGAAGGCAGCUGGCCACCACCACCACCACU